AUGGACGGAGAAACAAGUUCUCAGGAGGUCACUCUCAUAGAGAACCUAUUGGUGAUUGAGGACGACGGACACAUUCUGUCACGCAGAAUUGGUCAAUGGCAUGGCAAAGCACUCCUUGGGGCAAUGACACUACCAGUAACUUCACUACCUUUGACGGAGGUUCACGUCACUUUCCUUCCACAGCACGAGCUCAUGACUCUGGACAAGAUCAGGGAAGCCGCUCAAGCCAUUGCUCCAACGGACAACCUUUUGUUUAUUGAUAAUAACCGAAAAAUUCUUUCUUGUCGGAUCAAUCCUGACAACGGCGUAAUGCUCUUUGAAAGUCUGCCACGAAACCCCGGAGAGGCUUCUCAGACACAAUCCACCUCAGCUCAUUCCACCGUUACCCAGGCCAGCAAAACUAGCAACGACCAAGACGUUGAAAUGGAUGGACCUCAGCCGGCUUCUGAGGGACUACAUCAAUCAGACGCGAAUACCUCCUCUUCUCAGCUUAGCACGUCUGGGACACCUGCGAACAUUCCAGAAACCUUACCCGUCCAGAUCUUAUCUGCCACCAACGGCAAAGCUUACGACCGAGAGUGGAUGAUCAAAAACAGCAUCAGCGAAGAUGGUCUAAAUGGAGCUCCAAGCAAGCACAAGCUUGAUUUGCUGGUCAGAUAUGGCGCGGUCAAAGUAGGUGACAGGCUCUGCGUAACAUACCACCCGGACGGUGGCCCAGUCGUUAAAGUUGGAGAGGUGUUGCAAAGCAUGAAAAAGAGCCGUCUGGAUCUGCGCAUCGCACCGGCCCGCGCGGACUUCGACGGCAUCCUGUAUGACUGCAAGGGCCCCAAGGACAUCAUCGGCGGCAUGGAUAAGGAGUUCCAGAUGAAACGCCACUCCAAGGCCUCGGAGGCUUGGAAGGCGGUCAGUGUGGUGACGGAGGAUGGUCGGGAUCUCGGAAGUCUGUGGAAGGUACGACAGGCGUACCAGGUCUUUACGGAGUGA